GACCCGAAAAGAAGGACCUUCAGGACUUAAACAAACAUAUUUGGCGGUGAUUUGUGUAAAUCUUGGUUGUCGGUUGUUGAUGGUAGUUUGUGUAAUUCCGGUGAUGGUUUGUGGGUUUCGCAAUGUUUGUGGCCUAAAUAAAUAGAGGUUGUUGAAAAAGAGAUUAAGAAGAGUGGACGAUGAGAAUAAUUGUUUUACUGAGCAGGGAAGAGAGGAUUUGUGAUCAACAAAAAGAAAAAGAAAGAAAAGAGAAGAAAACGUCUUCUAUCUUGAAGUACUUUUUACACAGGAAUUUUAAAAGCAGAUGAAGCCUGCUUUUUUGAUUAACUCGUGGCCGGCUUCAAUUACUUUCUGCACAAGAAUUUUAAAAGUAGGUGAAGCAUGCUUUUGAUUAAACUUGUGGUUGGACCACGUUUUGACAUGAAUCCCCCCUUCUUAAACCUGUGUUAUUGUGGUGAAACUGCACCACACUUUCUACUACCAAAACAAUCACCCUCGUAGUCACGCCACUUUUGCCACGGAAAGAGGUUCUAUUAAUUAAUUCCGUGCAACUGUUACUCUGAAAAAGAUUCCGCUCCUUUUCCUCUUCUCUACUCAAUGCAGCAGCAGCAGAAGCACCACCGUCACAAGGGUCGUCCACGAAAGCCGUUGAUCGAGCUCCAACCGGGUCAGGUUGCAUUCCGAGUAGUCUGUCAUGUUUCGAAAAUCGGUGGUCUCAUCAGCCACUCCAGCUCCGUAAUAUCCCCAAUCUGGCUUGAAGCCGGUUGCCUAGUUCACUGCGAGGAGGCGGUGAAGGGGUCGGAGCACCGGGUAAUAGUGGUGGUGGGGUCCGCGUCCCCAGAGAGGAAAAUUGCGGUGGGUGAAGGUGAGACGGUGGAAGUGUCUGGAGCGCAGGAGGCGGUGGUUAGGGUUUUAGAGAGGAUGUGGAGGGGGGAUGGGAAGAAGGAUGGUGGUGAAUACGAGGGUUAUUGUGGACUUUUGGCCAAUACGUCGCAGAUUGGUGCCGUUGUGGGUAGAGAAGGCAGGGAUAUCAAGAGAAUGAAGAGAACUAGUGGAGCCCAUAUCUGGAUUCUCCCGGCUCCUCUAUGCGCUUUGAAGGAAGAUCAAUUAAUUCAGAUUGCAGGCAGUAGCGCUAUGGCUGUAAAGAAAGCAGUGAUUGCUGUAACUAGCUGCCUUCAAGAUUAUCCUCCAUGCGAGAAGGAUGAAGUGGGUUUAGGACUUGGAGCUGUUAGGAGAAGGAGAAGUGGUUCCUCUGGUGAUCCAAAUGCUGAAUUCUCUCCUCAUUCGUGUUCCCUGCUACCCACAUAUUCUGAAAAUAUUGCAACUGAUGGAGACCAUAAGAAACCUAAUGAACAGUCACAAGUUCAAUUUAGGAUGAUCUGCUCCCAUGGUGCAGCUGGGAUCAUCAUAGGCAAGGGAGGGUCUGUAGUCAGAGCUCUGCAAAAUAAAACUGGUGCUUCUAUCAUCUUUGCUCCUCCUAUAACCAACUCCGAUGACCGUCUAGUUACUGUUUCUGCAUUGGAGAACCUUGAAUCAUCCCACUCUCCUGCACAGAAUGCACUUCUUCUUGUCUUUGCUAGAUCUAUUGAGCAUGACAUUGAUAGAGCUCGUUCCUUGGGCUUGAUUGAGGAAAUUACCGUGACAGCAACCCUCCUGCUGCCAUCAAAUAGGGUCUCUUGUUUGAUUGGAAGAGGAGGUAGGGUAGAUUCAGAAAUGAUAGGAACAACUGGUGCUGAUAUACAGAUAAUGCAAGGGGACCAAUUCUUUGAUUUCGCUUCAGAGAAUGAUGCAGUGGUGCAGGAUGAAAACUGGUAUAGAACUAUAGAUAGAUACUGGGAUGUUUAUACCUUGGAAUGGAGUGUGAUCAGCCAACAUGGUAAAGUAUUUGGAGCUUCUAUUGAAGAUUUAUGUCCAUUUUUUUGUUUGAAUUCCCAGUCCCGUAUCUACCUGGUUAAAAUCUUCGGUACCACCUAACUAGCGAUUUAUUCCCAAACUGUUAUAUGUU